AUGGCCCUUCAUGCUGGCGUAGCCGGAGCGGCCGGAGCGGGCCGUGGCGGGCGUGGCGGGCGUGGAGGCCGCAGUGUGCGGGGGGAGACCCGCACUUGCUGGUUCUGCAAGCAAGUUGGUCAUCUCCAGGGUGACUGCCACGUGCGGCAGUUGAUCCAAUGCCGCCGUACUUGCUUUAAUACACCAUCCCACCGCCGCCUACCUGGCCACCGAGCUGCCGCCCGUGCUGAUGCCCGCCCUGCCACUAUCGCCACCGCUAAGCCAGCUACUACAACCCUCCGGUUUCCCCCCAGCCUCCUCGCCCAGGCUCAUGCCAUUUUGGCUGAGCCACGCGAGCGCAUCUCGCGUCGUAAUGUACGUUCGACCUUAUAUAUCCCUUAUUAUCCAUCUUUCCUUAUGACUAUACUACGCGUGGAUGCGAUGACUUCGGCAACCUGCUACUAUGCACUUUCUCGGUUCAUCUGGGUUCCGCGUGCAGUUCACGUGUGGUCCAACUGGCUAUAG